AUGUCAAUUCCCGACCGUAUCACCGGGAAAAAGAGUCAUGAAUCUCAACAUCAGCCCCGCAGCAUCCCAAAUGCGAAAAAGCCGAAAUCUCGCCCGCCACAGAGCUUCCGAGAUAAAGCUGGAUUUCUCCAAAGCAGCUUGCCGAAGUACUCGGGACCGUAUAGUGUCGGUAUAAUGGAACUCGAGAUCCCAGCACGACAUCCCCAGACCUUCUCCCACAUAAAACGCCACGGCCACCACAUCCUGAGGCUGGAAACCGUUCUAAUCACCAUAUACUAUCCCUCCGCCUUCGGAUCCGGCGCCGGCAAAGACCCCUCCGGCAACCGCAAAUGGUCGCGGCAGACCUGGCUUCCACGGCCUCGGAUUAGGACCGCACAGGGCUACGGCAAGUUCGCAAGCGUGGGGGACAUCGCCGUGCCUUUCUUCGCUGCUACGACUAUGUUUACGAAGAUACCCGCGUUCAGGAAUUCGAGACCUGCGACGCACUGGCCGCCGCCUGAUAACUUCCGCAGCAGGCAUGGUCCCGAGAAGGUCAAAAAUAGAGAGGGCCCUCCGCCAGAGGGGAAAGGGGAUGAGCCAACUUUCCCUCUUAUGUUCUUUAGUCAUGGGCUGGGGGGAACGAGGACGAUGUAUUCGAGCUUGUGUGGUGAAUUUGCAAGUUAUGGGUUUGUGGUGUGCGCUGUAGAACACCGGGACGGAUCGGGUCCAAGGACCUUCGUAAAUCAUGCAAAAGAGGGAAAGGGGAGUCUCGAUGAUUUGGAGCAGAAUGGGCAUAUCGAUCAUUGCGAGAGGCAGAGGAAGAAGGGGUAUGACAAAGUCGAUUAUAUCUUCCCUAAGGGCAAUAGAUGGGACACCUCGCCCUUAAAUGAGAAAGGGCCUGAUAAGGAACUCCGCGACGCGCAGACCCAGCUUCGUCUUGCCGAACUCGAAGAAGCAUACCACAUCCUGUGCCAGAUCCGCAACGGCAAGGGCGAAGACGUAGCCCGCAAAAAUCUCCGCCGAAAGGGCUACGUUGGGUCCAGCUCUCGAGGUCUCGAAGGCGUCGACUGGGAUGCAUGGAAAGGCCGCUUCCACACCGAACGUUGCACCGUAGCAGGGCACUCCUUCGGCGCUGCCACAACCAUCGAAGUGCUCCGCCACGCGGAUAGAUUCAAGCACGUAGAACAGGGAAUAAUCUACGACAUAUGGGGAGCUGCCAUCAACCCGCCCGAAGAGGACCCCUGCCACCGUAUCCACACCCCUCUACUCGGCAUCAACAGUGAGGCCUUCAUGUACUGGCCCUCCAACUUCUCCGCCGUCUCCUCCCUCAUCAAGGAGUCCCGCGACCAUGGCUCCCCAGCCUGGCUCACCACGGUCCGCGGCACCGUGCACGUCUCGCAGUCCGACUUCUCCAUCCUCUACCCCGCCACCUGCUCCAUGUUGCUCAAAGCGACGGCGAACCCGAAGCGCGCGCUCGAUCUCAACAUCUCCGCGAGCUUGGAGUUCCUGAAAGCGGUGAUGGGUGAGCAGGGGGGCGGGAAGGCGAUUCUAGAGAGGUGCAUGCUAGAUGAGGGACUGCUUAGGACGGAGGUGACGGAGGAGCUGCCAGAGGAGAGGAGGCCGGAUGAUAAGUGGGUUGCGGCGCGCUUGAAGAUUCCGCAUGAGUUUCGGACAAGGCUGGGGGCGAAGUUUGUGAGGAAGGAGAGGAGGAGGAGAGGGAAGGGGAGCGGGGAAGUGGGGGAUGAGAUUUGGAUGCAUGUGAGGACGGAGAAGGAAGAGUUUGAGAAGUGGAGGGAACAGAGCAGACAUGAGCAGGGUUUGGUCAAGACGGGACUGGGUGGGGAUUCGGAGGAGGACGUGGAGCAGGGAACGGUUGGGGUUGAGGAUACUAGGAAGAGUGGUGUAGAGAAGCUUUGA